GGUGAAAACGGUCUCUCCGCUCGGCACUUUUCCGCUCGGCGGCUCUCUCGCUGGCUUUUCCUCGCUCUCGCCACCAGUUUCCCUCGGCGUUCGGUGUGUGGUAGGAAAACGGCUGGUUUUCAACGCAAAUCGGAUCUUUGGCGCGUCGCGGUUUCAGUCGCCGAACGAUUUUCGCCCCAACAACGAGGAGGCAGCAGCUGCUGAAAAUCGACUCGUCGCGUUUUGUGAAGUGAAUGGAAUCGAGGGAACGAGACGGAGAAGGAAGACGGAAAAGCAAGAAAAUACGAAUAUACACAAAAUAUACACGAAAUUCUUUUUAUAACGAACCAAACGCAAACGCAAACGCGCAACGCAACGCACAUAAAGCCACAAAAAGCAGCUUGUGGAAAAACCAGAAGCGGCGGAAAGCGAGGAUAAGUCAGGAAAAGGAGGAGUAGGAGCAGGAGCAGGAGGAGGAGCAAAUAUGACGGCGGCCACUGGGGGUGGUAGUAGUAAGGGGGCGGGUGGAAAGGCUGGAAAGCACAGGUCGAGGUCAUCCGCCCGCUACGACGAUGUGGAAAAGCAGCAGCGCAAAAGCCGAGCCAUCGUCUCCAUACCGAACACCAUCAAGCUGAGUAUGCUCAACAGUGGUCUGUUGUCCUUCGAAAGGAUAAAGCUAGAGGCUCGCGAUGAGAACAACUCGCUGUCGAAGACGAUACCCAAUGGACCCAUCGACAUCCGGCACUUUCUGAAGUUGUGCGACCUGCGCCGCAAAUUCCCGGUGCUCUACAAGCUGGAAUUUCAAACGGCCGCCAAGGUGGAGAGCAACACCUGUCGGCAUGCGCUGAAGAAGAACAACCUGGAGAAGAACCAGAACCCCAAGUGCAUUCCCUACGACUACAACCGCGUGGUGCUGGAGAAAGUGGGUGGCCUACAGGACUCGGACUAUGUGAACGCCUCCUACGUGGACAGUCUGCUCAAGCCGAACGCGUACAUAGUGACCCAGGGACCGGUGGAGGAGACGGUGCAGGCCUACUGGCGCAUGGUGUGGCAGGAGAACAUCAGCGCCAUUGUGAUGCUGACGAAGACCUUCGACUUCGCCAAGGUCAUGUGCCACCAGUACUGGCCGCCCAACAUGGAGGUGCACGAGCAGUACGGCGACAUCUACAUAAACAUUGUGCGCGAGGAGCAGCUGGCCAACUUCCACAUACGCACCUUCAGGCUCUACAAGAUGAACGAGAAGCAGGAGGUGACGGACGAGAGGCUGAUCCUGCAGUUCCACUACACCGAGUGGUACUCCCACUCGUGUCCCUUCUCGAACGCCCUGCUCGAGUUCCGGCGGAGAGUGCGUCUGGUGGUGGGCAACAUCAUCAAGGACGAGGACGACAUGCGCGGCCCCAUCCUGGUGCACUGCAGCGAUGGUGGCGGCAGAUCGGGCGUCUACAUGUCCAUCGAUGCCAACCUGGAGCUGGCCGAGGAGGAGGAGUGCUUCAAUGUCUUCGGCUACCUCAAGAAGCUGCGACAGUCGCGCAAAGGUCUGGUCGAGAACGUGGAGCAGUACAAGUUCAUCUACGACACUCUGGAGGAGCACAUCAUCUGCGGCAAGACCUGGUUUCCCGUCUCCGAGCUCUCCGAUCGCCUGAAGGCCAAGGCCAGGCGCAAUUCGGGCACCAAGAUGAACGAGUACCAGGCAGAGUACGAUCAGAUAUGCAAGCAGACCCCGCGAUUCACCAUUGGCGACUGUGCCGGCGGCCACCGGGCGGACAACCGGGAGAAGAACAGGGACGUGUUAUGCGUGCCGCCCGACAACUUCCGGCCCUACCUGACCUCCUUCCAGGGCAACGCCUUCACGGACUACAUCAACUCCGUGUUCGUGGACGGCUACACGAAGCCGCGCGAGUACAUAGUCACCGAGUGGCCCAUGAAGCACACGCUGGGCGAGUUUUGGUCGCUGGUCUACGACCAGGAGUGCUCGGCAGUGGUGGUCCUGUGCCAGCCACCCUCACAGUCGCAGCAGUAUCCCUCCUUCUGGCCGAACAAGUCGAAGAUGGAGAAGUACGGCCCGGUGUUCUCCGUGCACUACGUGAUGUCGAAGAGUUACACGAACAUCAAGCAGUGGGAGUUCAAGAUCAACAAGAAGAUCGUCUCCCUCACCGAGAUGAUGGCCGGCGUGAAGGCGCCCACACGAACCGUCCAACUGUUUCAGCUGACCUGCUGGCCCAUGGGCCACAAGGUGCCCAGCUCGACCAACUCGCUGGUCUACCUGAUGAACAUGGUCGAGAUCUGGCGCAACAAGGUCGACUACGGACCCGUGUGCGUUGUCUCGCCCGAUGGUCGCAGUCGUGCCGGUGUUUACUGUGCCGCGAAUGCGUGCAUCGAGCAGGUCAUCCAGCACGGCGAGGUCGAUGUCUUCCAGGCGGUGAAGACCGUGCGCCGGCAUCGUCCUCAGCUCGUGGAGAAUAUGACCGAGUACAAGUACUGCUACGAUCUGGUGCUCCACUACGUCCUCCACUUCCUCAACAAAAAGGAGUGAGAGCUGCGAGCUGGGAGCUUUGGAAUAUUUUUUUGGAAAUUAUCUUUCGGUACUUUUUCUGGAGCCGUGCUACAAUGGUUAACAAUGAUCCGAAAUACUUGUGGUCCACACACAUUUGAUGAUGCCUGGGUUUUGUUUGUAUGAUUCCAGGCACCGCCUUAAAGCAAUUAUACUGAGUAUUUUUGUUGUCCACAAAUGCCAGAGGGGAGAAGGCAAACAAUUUUGUUACGAGCGUCGAAAUGUAAUUUCACACGCCACUAAAGAGAUACUUUUUACUUGUUUUUCGAGCAUAAAACAAUGAUACUAUACUAUACUGUAUACACUGUGUAGGCUUUUUGAUCUGAAAUGUAUGUGCCAUUUGUAACCCUAGUUGUUGUUGUUGUUAUAAACAGAAGGAUAUGAAAAGUGUGAUGGGGAUUAUGGGUAUAGAAAAUGAAGUAAUGAAAUGAUAGGAAAAGAUAACUAUUACCAUUAAAACUUAUAUUUAUAUCUGUAGUUAUUAUUACGUUUACUCCUAAAACUUGCUACCUGGGCAAUUGUUGAUAUAUAUCUAACUACAUAUACCUAUUAUGAAUCUAUUUAUACAUAAAUAUAUAUAUAAAUGUUAUGUACUGUUGUAAAUGGGAAAUUGCAACGUUUUUUCCAUAACUGUUGACAAAACUUUAUUUUUUAUUCAUGUUAAGGAAACAAAUAUUUAUUGAGCCACACAAAAGGGAGAACUUAGUGGUGUUGAAGUAAUCAAACUUUAGAUAUAUUUUGUAUUUAUAGAGAUCACUAAAACCACACGGAACACGAAAAAAAAUACAUAGUUAUAUGAUUGCAUCAUGAUUUUCCUGUAUUUUCGCAUUUAUGCAUUCGACACACAAACCUACCUACAUAUACUGUUGUAACUCUAAUUAAUUUAUUUUUUAAAUUGUGUAUUAAUGUGCGUAUGUCCAUUUUAUCCUUUCUAUAAACCAAUCUACAUGUGUAAAGGUUUAGCACAAAAAUCGUAUUGGAUUAGGCUAACGAAAUGAAAUCGAAGCAAAGAAAAUAUGAAAUGAAUUGAACUUCAAA